CAGAGGUUUUCCAUUCCCAGCCUCUCUUUCCCCUCAAUGCUGUGAGGGGGGUGGCACAGUUUCCUGAGGAAGAACUUGUGACUGGAAAGUAUCACCCGUUGGCUCUAAGGAAUUAAAAGGACAGGUUUUAAAAUAUAUAAAGAACUCAGUCCACACGGUCGGAAUGGCAUCAGAGAUCAUCUAUGCCGACGUGAAGUUUAAGAAUGCACCACCACCUGCAGAGGCCACAGCACACCCAGUGAAGAGCACUCCCCAAAAGCCCAACCGGUGGCUCCCAUGGUUGAUUGCUGCACUGUUGCUGUUGCUGGCUGUCUCUCUUCUCAUUGCCCUGGUUGUUACUCAUGUUGGCCUCGGGACAAGUCAAAGUUGUGAAGAGUACAAGUUGGUGAGGAAGUAUGUAAAAAAGAGGAACUGUGUUGAAGAAGAAACUGAAGGAAAAGGGCAAGUCUGGACAUGCUGCCCCAGCGGCUGGGAGACCUUUCAGGCCAGCUGUUACUACUUCUCUAAUGACACCAUGACCUGGGAUGACAGUGAGAGGAACUGCACAGGGAUGGGCUCUCACCUUGUGGUGAUCACCACAGGAGCUGAGCAGGAUUUCAUCCUCACUCAGAUAAAUGGAACAGUUACAGACCUAAAAGGAAGAAAUUACUGUAUUGGUCUGAUUGAUCGGAAUAAGAAAGGGCAGUGGUCCUGGGUGGAUCAGACACCAUAUAAUGAUACUGCAGUGUUCUGGAGACCUGGAGAACCCAGUAAACACGACAAUGAGAAUUGUGCUGUCAUGCAUGUGUCAGGAGAACAAAACACAAAUGGAAACAGAAACUGGAAUAAUGUCCCUUGUUUCAAUACAUUUCAUCGAAUUUGUGAAACGGCAGCACUUAGAUUUUGAGAGCAGAAACCCAAUCCUGGACAGGAGGCAGAAAAGUCUGCUCAUCUCUCACUUGGGGUCAUCUCACAGAGAGAUCUGACGGUGAGAGAGGGGGAGGAAGAGGAGAGGUUGGAAAAGCCCUGGGCUAUUAUGUCAUUGGAGUAGGUGGUAGAGGAUAAUGUUGAGGCACAAACUCACACACUACAUCUAUUUUGAAGAAACUUGAAAACUGCUGAAAAUAUCUUAAGUGGAACAAGCAAAAUGCAGUCAGCUCUGCCCUGUGAUGUCAUUGAAGCUCCCACGUAGUUGGUGAAAGAGACAGGCUGGAAAAGGAAAGACCUGCGGGUUUGCCAUGCAAAAUGUUGUGGAGAGGUUUCCUAUUCAUAUUAACCUUCCCAGUGCUGGUCAAGGUAACAACUUACAGGGUACGUCUAGAUUACAUGCCUCCGUCGAUGGAGCCAUGUAGAUUAG